UUAUAAACCGACGCCAAACCCUCCUCUUUCACAAACAUUACAACAUCCAUCACAUUCAUAAUUGAUUCUACAAAUCUAUAUAGAGUAGAGUAAAGUUACAACAAAGACACAUACAAAUUCACACAGCCAAACAAACACACACUGCUGCAGCUGAGAUGGACAGCAUAGACAUGGACAAAGAGAGAUUAACGGCUGAGAUGGACUUCAAAGACUCCACCUCCGCCGUCAUCAAAAUCCGGCGACGCUUGCCGGAUUUUCUCCAGACGGUGAAGCUAAAGUACGUUAAGUUAGGUUACGGCUACACGUGUAACGCUGCCACCGUUCUCAUUUUCACUUUCAUCUUCCCUCUCAUCCUGUUCCUUCUGCUUCAGCUCACCGAUCUCAAACUCAUCCACCUCUCCGAGCUCUGGUCGGACCACACGGUCCACCUCGACACCGACACGGUCACCGGUUCAGCGGUGCUGCUGUUCCUGUUUGGACUCUACUGGGCGAAGCGGUCGGCGCCGGUUUACCUUGUGGAUUUCGCGUGCUACAAGCCGGAGAAGGAGCGCAAAAUCUCGGUGGAUUCGUUCCUCAAAAUGACAGAGGAGACUGGAGGGUUUGAGGAGGAGACGCUCCAAUUCCAGCGAAGAAUUUCAAUGAAAGCGGGUCUGGGGGACGAGACUUAUCUUCCAAGAGGAAUCACGUCGCGGCCACCGAAUCUGUGCAUGAAGGAAGCGCGUUUGGAGGCGGAGGCGGUGAUGUUCGGAGCCAUGGAUGCUCUGUUUGCGAAAACAGGGGUUAACCCGAAGGACAUUGACAUUCUGGUGGUGAAUUGCAGCUUGUUCAACCCGACGCCGUCGCUCUCCGCCAUGAUUGUGAACCAUUACAAGCUGAGGACCAACAUCAAGAGCUACAACCUCGGCGGAAUGGGUUGCAGCGCAGGGCUAAUUUCCAUUGAUCUGGCGAAGGACCUUCUGAAGGCGAAUCCGAAUUCCUACGCGGUGGUGGUGAGCACGGAGAAUAUUACCCUCAAUUGGUACUUCGGAAACGACCGCUCCAUGCUCCUCUGCAACUGCAUUUUCCGGAUGGGUGGUGCGGCGGUGCUUCUCUCGAACAAAUCCUCAGACAGGGCCAAAUCCAAGUACGAGCUGGUCCACACGGUGCGGACCCACAAGGGGUCCGAUGACAAGCACUACAACUGCGUGUACCAAAUGGAGGACGAGAAGGGGAAAGUAGGGGUUUGUCUGGCGAGGGAGCUCAUGGCGGUGGCCGGAGAUGCUCUGAAAACGAACAUUACAACGCUGGGGCCGCUGGUGCUGCCGUUUAUGGAGCAGUUCAUGUUCUUCGUGUCGUUGGUGCGGCGAAAGAUGACGUUUCUGAAGAGGAGCAAGCCGUACAUACCGGAUUUCAAGCUAGCGUUCGAGCAUUUCUGCAUCCACGCCGGAGGAAGAGCGGUGCUGGACGAGAUGCAGAAGAAUCUUGAACUCAGUGAGUGGCACAUGGAACCGUCUCGGAUGACACUGCACCGUUUCGGCAACACUUCUAGUAGCUCCCUCUGGUACGAGCUUGCCUACACCGAAGCCAAGGGCCGGGUCGGCAAAGGGGACCGGGUCUGGCAGAUCGCAUUUGGGUCGGGUUUCAAGUGUAACAGCGCCGUGUGGAAGGCGGUGCGCGAUAUGCCGGAACUAGGGGACUGGCGGGGCAACCCAUGGGAUGACUCGAUUGAUAAGUACCCGGUUAAUGUUCCUUCUUAAAAAUUAAAAUUAUUAUUUAUCAAAUUGUAAUCACCUUUGUCUUUUGUCUUUUCUCCAUUCUUAUUAUCUUUUGCCCCCAAUCCAUUAAGGUAUGGGGGGGUUUGUUCUUAUUCUUGUUAAUUAAUUACAUCAUUAAUUGAUGUAAGUGAUUCUAGUACAUUUUGUUGUAUUUACAGACUGUUCAUGCUAUGGCAUAUCCAAUUGGAACUUAUUAAGCA